UCCGGGUACUCGGCACAUCCCGGGGUGCACUGGGAGUGGACUACAGAGCUACUGCUGCUGCUGUGUUUCCAUCCUGUCUGCCGUAUGACUGAGCUGCUGUCUAAAUCAUAAACAACAACAAAGGAAAGCAUCAACAACAACAAACACGCGGCAGGUGGCAUUGUUCUUUAUUCACCAUGGCUCUCUUCUGGAGUCUCCUCCUGACGUUCCUGUUUUCCACCCUGGUCCUCUCACAAAGCUCUGAAACUGGACCCCCUCACGGCAAGAGAAGACAGUCUCAGAUCUCAGCAGGAAGCAGCAACACCCUACAGCACCCUCUGCACCCUCUGCACGGUCACCGCUACAGUAGAGAACGAGGGGGUCAGGGGGCCCGUGCUGCCAAAGGGGCCGGGCUGCUCUCCCACAGAACCCCACAUCCUCUGGCAAGACCUGAGGAUGAUGGGAUGGGUCUGGAGAGCAUGAGCCCCGUGAGGCUGGAGAUGGGCCCGAGCAGGGACAGAGACAGAGUUCGAAUGAGUAUGAGGAGCCAGAGCCAGCCUCGGGAGAAUGACCUCCUGGGGACUCGUAAAGGACGGGGACAUGGACAUGGGAACGGACAUGGACACCAUUACGAGCACCAGAGACAAGGGGGCAGGCGUGAGAAGGGGCGGCAUGGGAAAGGGUUUCUUCCUGAGCCUGAGUUGAGUUCUGCGUUCAGAGACAGAGAUCUGUUCGAUGAUCCGUCUUCCUCCUCCUCCCCCUCCUCUGCUGCCUCCCCCUCCCUCAUCGUGACCCCGCCCGGUGACACCCCCUCCCCCAUCGCUGCCGUCUUUGGCUCCGGCUCCUCCAUGGUUACCACGGUGAUGAACGAGCAUCCCCCAACGCUGCCCCCGGCCUCCACCAAACCCCAGAGGUCUGGACGAGGAAAAGGACAAGGAGAGGUGAUGCCAACGCUGGACAUGGCGCUCUUUGAUUGGACAGACUAUGAGGACAUGAAACCUGCAGACUCCUGGCCGUCAUCCAGGAAGAAAGACAAGAGGCGGAGUAAGAACCUCAGCAGUGGAAAUGUGACUGUAGACGCUGACGCCAUCGAGCCAUGUGAUCAUCACCUCGAUUGUCUGCCAGGUUCCUGCUGUGACCUGAGACAACAUGAGUGUAAACCUCACAACAGAGGACUCAAUAACAAAUGCUAUGAUGACUGCAUGUGUGAGGAAGGGUUUCGUUGUUACGCCAAAUUCCACCGGAAGCGGCGUGUGACAAGACGGAGGGGUCGCUGCGUGGUGCCGGAGUCAGUCAGCAGUGACCAGGGAGGCUUCAUCACUAUCUGAGGACCCAUGAAUGCAGAUAGACGUCACAUGACACUGCUACGUGCUGGAAGAUGACAACCUGCUGUCGUCUUUAACUGAUCCCACAUUGUAAUGCAUUUAAACCUCAUUUCAUGUUCAGUUAGGAUAAGAUAACAGUCGACAUGAAUGAAAAUACUGUUUGAAUGUCUGAACCACAACAUUUAACCUUUUAAUCAGCAUCUUUGAGAAGUUUAGUUAAAAUCCAAACAUCAGUUUGGUCACUCCGGUGUCUCAAAUAUCUUUAACAUGUUUUUAAAAGAACAUACGAUCAGGACAUUUCAAAAUCCGCCCAAAUUGUCUAAGUGUCUGUCCCAGUUUUCCUUCAUCUGAUUGUUUGAGUCGCACAAUGUUUACAAGUAAUUUUAUGUAUUGUAUUACCGUCACUGGAUUCCCAAACGCGGGGCUUUGACCGCCUUGGAACCAUUUUUUUCCGAGGACACUACCAGACAUGAAGCUGAAUUUUCUUUGACCUGGUUUCCGGCUUGGCUCUUUGUAUCAGUUUGUGUCUUAAACGUCUUAACUCUAUCUGAACCCAAUCUGCUGUCCUGUACUGUAAAUAUGAAUGUGUUUGAUCUGCUAUUGAUUUCUUUCAUUUACACCUCUUCUCUUUAAAUGUCCCAUAGAAUGAUAACAAAGAUGCUUGUUUGACCUUCCUUUGACACGUCUCAAUGAUGUAUGUUUAUUUAUACUGUACCUAAACACACGUUUGUCCAUUUAUUGUGUUUUUCUUUUCCUUUCCUUUUUCCUUUAUGUUGUUUUGAUGAAUAAACACUUAGGAUAAACAUUU